AUGGUUGGUCGCGGGUUUGGGUAUUUCGGCAACAGCGUUAUGGUCUUGGUCAUUUUAUUGGACGAGUUCACCGUACCUCAACCCGUGGACCCGUCGAGUGGCUACAUGGUAACUACGAAUUGGGAUGGUUUGACAAGUGAAGAUGGAUUCAAUUCAAAGUCAACUUGGACUCUUGAGCAAAGGGAUCUUGAAACGCAGCGUUGGUAA